GUGUAUUGCGCUUUACUCUUGUCAGCGGUAAUGAAUGAGCGUGCUUCGCUAUGCUAGCAGGCCAGCGGCUCACAUGAUCUUAUCCAGCGUUCUGCGGGCGGGCUGUCACUCACCGACUCCGAGGAAGAACAUGCCUGUCGCCUCCGACAUGGAUUUCAAAGUGGUGUUUGCAGCCUUGGAGGAAACGUGUGAAGAGAACAUUUCUGCUUUUUCUGCACCCUCGGAUCUUCUCUACGGCGACGUUACCCAGCGCUUGGUGGUGUGCAUGAAACAAAUUCAGGAGCACGGUCGAGUCCUUGAACCUAUGGUCUCCAGUUUUACUGCCGUCUACCACCAUUUCGACUUCGAUGCACAAACACCAGGAAAUGGGUAUCGCUCCCUGAUCAAGGUUUUACUGUCUUGCCUCGUUCACAUCAUACAAAAGGCCCGCUACAUUGCCUCAAAUCACAGGAGCACCUUCUUCAGAGCAGACCACAACGUGUCAGAGAUGGAGGCGUACUGCAGCGCACUGUGCCAGCUGCGUUCACUCUUCUACCUGGCCAAGCGUCUCAUCAACGACAAUGACUUAGGCCAGUUGUACUCCCUGCAAGACCGCGAAUUGAGCCACAAAUUUGUGCAGGAGUACAGCUCCAUGCACAAAGCCUGUUUCUAUGGCCGGUGCCUGGGCUUUCAGUUUUCACCAAGUCUUCGUCCAUUCCUGCAGACUGUUGUCAUAAGCAUGGUCUCAUAUGGUGAGACAUAUGGUAAACAGCAAUCAGGUCUAGGUUUGGCGGCCCUGUCUCUCCUCACAUCAGGAAAAUACGUCAUUGAUCCGGAGCUGCGCGGCGCAGAGUUUGAACGCAUCACUCAAAACCUCGACAUGCAGUUUUGGAAGUCAUUCUGGAAUGUCACAGAGUCAGGAUUUUUAACAGGUUUCAGCAGAAUAGCCUCUUACCCUGUACAGGUGAACCUGACUCUGACGCUGCCCCCUGUCCCUUUACGCCUCCCCCUGGUGUCUGACCCCAGUCUGUUUGCUAAUGUGUCACCUCCACUGGCUCACUGGGGCCCCGGGCCAGUUCACUUGCGUCUGAUAUCCCACGAGAUUCGGCAAGGACAGGACAGUGAGGAGCUGUUGUCUUUUUCAAGCAUUGAUCCUCCCCCUGUCUCUGCCUCUCGUCUCCCGUGGGUGCACAGCCAACCUCAAUCCCCGUGCCUGCUCAUCCACUUCCACGGAGGAGGCUUCGUGGCCCAGACUUCAAGGUCACACGAAAAUUAUCUGCGAAGCUGGUCGAAGCAGUUGAAUGUUCCCGUCCUCUCUGUGGACUACUCUCUGUCACCUGAAGCGCCCUUUCCCAGAGCUCUAGAGGAAUGUUUCUACGCUUACUGCUGGGCUUUGAAAAACUGCCACCUGCUUGGUUCCACAGCAGAGCGAGUCUGUCUGGCAGGAGACAGCGCUGGGGGCAACCUCUGCAUCACUGUGUCCAUGAAGGCCAUGACAUGCGGCAUCCGUGUCCCUGACGGCAUCAUGGUGGCCUACCCCGCCACCUUGCUCACCACAGACGCCUCGCCCUCGCGCCUGCUCACACUCAUUGACCCACUUUUACCUUUGGGUGUGCUUGCAAAGUGCCUCAACGCCUAUGCAGGUGUAGACUCACAGGUGGUGCAGGCUGCUGUGGGAGACAACAGUCUGAGCGCUCUGGGCAGAGACACCACCACACUGCUCAAUGACCUCACUCAGGGAGCCGCCAACUGGCUCCAGUCCUUACUGGACCCCAUGCAGCCCACAAGUGUCACCCGCUUACAGUCAUCAAGGCAUAAAGAGUCUAGAAUCACGGACACACGCAGGAUGUUAAACCACAACUCAUCACCCACGAACUCACAAGGUCAUCUGGAUUACCCAGAUGGCUUUGAGCCCCUGCGCUCCCAAUGCCUCGCGUUUGUUCAGCCCAUAACCUGCCCCAUCAUCAGGAACCCGUUUGUAUCACCGCUCCUGGCUCCUGAAAGCCUGCUGCGCGGCCUGCCGCCUGUUCACAUAGUGGCUUCCGCUCUGGAUGCCUUACUGGACGACUCUGUAAUGUUUGCCAAGAAGCUGCGAGACAUGGGCCAGCCCGUGAGCCUGACGGUGGUGGAGGACCUCCCUCAUGGCUUCCUCAGCCUGGCUCAGCUCUCCAAGGAGACAGAAGUUGCCGUUGAAGUCUGCUUGACGAAAAUGAGGGAAGUUUUUCAGCAAUAAAGUGCGAGAAACAGUGCUAAGAACACUGGAAGAGACACAAAGUGAUUUAUCAGUGGGAUUUCAACCAUUUAGUGGGGGGUUUUCUUAGGGGAAAAGCAUAGAGUAGCACAUAGAGUGAAAGAAAGACAAAAUGCACUUUUUAGUGUUCAUUUUAUUUAAAAUAACGGAAAUUGUUGUGUGCUCUAGGCUCAGAUCAGAGAUGCUUUUAGAGCAUUGCAGACUGUAUGUGCUGCACUAAAGCUGCAGCUGUUGGAAUUGUUGUGCCUUGACGCUUUAUCGUGUCUAUGGAAGACACUAUCUUUCUAUAUCAGGGUUAAUGGUUUAUGCACACGCCAGUUUACAGAUUAACUGUUUCAUUAUGUAACAUUUGAAUACGCUUCUUUACAACAUUAAAGGGAGUAAUUCGCCUUGAACUGCUCAGCAGCAUGGUAUUCUGUAAAUAUUUCUUAAUAUUUAUUACGCAGUAGUAUUUAAGUAUCUGGGAAUCAAAUUAAAAAAAAUGC